GGGUGUAAGGCAAACUUUUGGAUGCAACCUUAGCUAUAAAUAGCACACCGAUUUUCUGGUUGUCAUCGUGCUGCAGAAGAUGGCAAUGUCCCAGAUUAGUAGUGAGUUUGUGCAUAAAGUACAAAUUGAAGGUGUGCAAACAGUGGCACCCUCCAAGGUGACUGAUCCAAGAGAAACGUGCCUAGUGUCAGUGAAGGACCCUGUUAGUUCAGAUAUUUUCCGGGGGUGCCUGAGCAUAGUCCUCUGCUACAACAAGGCCGUGGAGGAAGAUUCUGGUUGGCUUGUUGCGGGAUGGAUUAAGGAGUCCCUGGGGAGAGCAUUGCAGGACCAACCGAUGCUCAGUGGACGACUACGGAGAGUUGAAGAUGGCAAUGGAGAACUAGAGAUGGUGUCAAACGAUACCGGAGUUAGACUUGUUGAGGCAAAGAUUACAAUGACUUUGCAAGAGUUUCUUGGUUUGGAAGAAAACGAAAAAGCAGAGGCCGAACUCGUCUCUUGGAUGGAUAUUGAUGAACAAAAUCCCCAAUUCUCUCCGCUACUCUAUGUUCAGGUCACCAACUUCCAGUGUGGUGGGUACUCAAUUGGGAUUAGUUCUAGCCUUCUCUUGGCAGACCAUUUAAUCAUGGACAACUUCCUCCCGAGGUGGUCAGGUAUUCAAAAGAAAUUACUGCUCAACAACAAUGCACUCGAAAAGCCCAUAUUCUACCUCCCCAAUCUCAGAAACACCAGUUUAUCUCCUAGUAACACCACGAGGUCCACACCUAGCAAACAGAGUGGCCAGACAACGAUAUUCAAGAUCGCAGGCGAUAGCGAAAUUGAAGGUGUGCAGAAUGAGUUAUGCAAGAGAGCCGUAUCACAUAGCAUCCAGGAGGCAGAGCACAAACAAGGCAGUGAAAUGUCAUCAGAGUUUUCUUUGUUCGUGAAAGAAUCACCUAAGGUUAAAAGGGUCGAGAAUUGCAAGAAAAACGAGCUUGUUAAGCCUAAUCUGAACUUUAGGUGUCAAGUGAUCACCUUGGAUGAUUUAGGGAUCAAAGAAUUAGCUUUCCACGAUGGCAAUGAGCCUACUCACGUUUCUUGCUGGAUUGGAUCGGCGGUUGCAAUGGCGAUUCCAUCUUCUACUGAGAAUACUUCAGACGUCAGCGUUAUAGUUACAAUCCCUGCAGGAAAUUGAGCUCCAAGUAAGGUUUGGUUUGGCUCCUACAGUGUGUGCAUGCAUCAUUUCUUCUCUUCGCUAGUGUGCAUUUGUAACAUUGAAUGUUUGAUCAAGAGCACGGGAGCUGUUCAUGUAUUUGGAAAUGAAAUAUACAUGCUGCCUUGAGAAUAAUGGUUUGUUCCAAAUAACCCAUGACAAUCUGCUAUCACUACAAAAUAUGGAAUUUUAAUUACAAUUGUUUGUUAGA